AUGACAACAUCUCAAUCUGAAGCAAAACGUUAUUUAAUUGAGGAAAAAUAUUUAUCAUUAGAUAAUAGAUUUACUAUAACAGAUGAUUUGGGAAAUAUUCAUUAUAAAGGUAAUUCAACAUUCUUUGCGAUAGGUGAUAAACUUUUACUUACUGAUGAACAAGGCAAUGAAGCAAUUAGAAUUCGUCAAGAAAGUUUUCACAUUCAUCUAACAUAUAAAUUAUUUUCUGUUCGUUUUGGUGGUACUGAACAUCAAAUAGCAUUAAUUAAAAGAAUUGGUCCAUUACGGCAACAGAAAUUAGAAAUUAGUUCUAAUGAUGGUGAAUAUAUAUUGCAAAAGCAACAUGGUCUAUCCUCGAAUGAAUUUACUUUAACGAAAGAUUCUAGUACCGUAGCAGUUGUAACAAAAGAUGCUUCGCCUACAAAAAGCUUUUAUUGGGUAGAUAUCAUCGAUAACAAAGAAAAUCAUGCAUUUAUAUUAGCUAUUGUGAUUGUUCUUGCAUGUGUACAACGUUCACCAACUACUCAUAUUGCAAUGCCACUUAUGAAUUGA